GAUCCAGACACAUUUCACAGAGGUUAUCGUCGACUCAACGGUGGGUCUCACUUUUGGAGCUAAUUUUUUAUUUUUCAAAAUUAACCGAAAAGAGAAAGGAAAAAAAACCAACAGACUUGGAUCUGGGUAUUCUAUCAUUUUUGUUUGAUUAUCUGAGAGCUGUACUGAAGAAACGGUCAUGGAUCCAAUUGUGGAAGUAGUGGCUUUGAUUCUGGGGUUCAUCGGAUGGGUGAUGGUCGGGGUCACGCUGCCGAAUCGUUACUGGAAGGUGUCCAGCGUGGACGGGAAUGUCAUCACCACCUCCACCAUCUACGAGAACCUGUGGAUGUCCUGCGCCACGGACUCCACCGGGGUCCACAACUGCAGGGAGUUCCCAUCGCUGCUUGCCUUGAAUGGUUACAUCCAGGCCUCCCGUGCCCUGAUGAUCGCAUCCAUACUGUUGGGCACCUUCGGCCUGGUGGGGGCCCUGGUCGGAAUCAAGUGUUCAAAAGCGGGUGGAGAAAACUACGUUCUCAAAGGGAGGAUUGCAGGCACCGCCGGGGUUCUCUUCAUCCUGCAAGGUCUUUGCACCAUGAUCUCAGUGUCGUGGUACGCCUUCAACAUCACCCAGGACUUCUUUGACCCCUUCUAUCCGGGAACCAAGUAUGAAAUAGGAGAAGGACUUUACAUCGGCUGGUGCUCGGCCUUGCUCGCCAUCGCCGGAGGAGUUUGUCUCUCCUGCUCCUGCAAAGUGGGCACACAGGAAAAAUACCCCGUACGUUAUGAAAGAGGAACGGCGUACUCUGGAGCUGCACCCAGCAGAAGCGCCGCAACUAGCACUUAUGGACGAAACGCUUACGUCUGAGCAGGAUGGCACUUUUCUGUCAUCUUCUCACUUUUUAUUCUUGUACAUAAAUCGUUCGGGUUUUUUUUUUUUACUCUUUCUGCUGGCCUUGUUGUUCGUGGCUGGGAACUUGCACCAUUUGCUUACUGUUGGCAGUAACUGUAAUGUAUAUAGUCACAAUUUCUGAUGAGUUUCCUGUAUAAAUCAUUUCUAAGGCCGAUGAUAUAAAGACUGUACAGAGCUAUUUUUGUUUUUCUUUGUGUCACAACACAGACUGAGUCAUUUUAUCAUUUCUGUUUGUAUUUCACUGAUGAAAUCAAUAUGUGGAUACUUACCAAAACAAUAACUCAUGCUUUGAUCUUCAUAAACAAGGACAGAUAUUUAUGCGGUCAAAAUAGAGAUGAUUCAGGUUUUAUUUGUGUUGUUUUGUACAGUUUUUUAAUGUACCGUUAGGAGAGGAUGGAGAACAAUUGCUUUGUUUCAAUUAUAUUUUUUUUCUACUAUUGAAGACAAUAAAAUAUGUGUAAACGCGA